AAUUCACUUUAAUUCAAUGAAUAAAUUAACCAUCAAGAAAAUUCAAUACUGAAAUAUGUCUUCACUUUGCCUUGAAUCCACCAACAAGAUCAACAACAGUCAUGAAUCCAAGCAAUGCAAGUUCUCCAAAGGUUUUCAUUCUCUUGGGUUUCUCUGACCAUCCCUGGUUGGAAAUGCCACUCUUCAUAAUCGUGCUUGUUGCUUACAUCUGCACACUAGUGGGAAACAUCUCAAUUAUUGUAAUAUCCAGGGUGGAUCCUCAUCUUGACAGCCCUAUGUACUUCUUCCUUUCCAACCUCUCCUUCCUGGACCUGUGUUUUACCACGACCACCAUUCCUCAGCUGCUGCUGAAUCUCUGGGGCACAGAUAAGUCUAUCAGCUAUGGAGGCUGUGUGACCCAGUUUUAUAUGUUUCACUUCCUGGGGGCCACCGAAUGCAUCCUUUUAGCUGUGAUGUCCUUGGAUCGUUACAUGGCCAUCUGCAAGCCCUUGAGGUACUCAGCUAUUAUGCACCAGCAACUCUGCAUCUUCCUAGUGGCCGUGGCGUGGCUAAGUGGUUUGGCUAACUCCUUGCUUCAGUCAUCCCUCACCAUCCAGCUGCCACUCUGUGGUAACAAUAAGGUAGAUGACUUCCUGUGUGAGGUUCCAGUGAUGAUCAAGAUGUCAUGUGUUGACACCACAUUCAAUGUAGCUAUGCUCUCCAUUGUGGGGGCAUUCUAUUCCCUGGUUCCCUUGUUACUUAUCCUUGUUUCCUAUGGGUUCAUUGUGGCAACAGUGCUCAGAAUUCGGUCCUCAGAGGGAAAGAAGAAGGCCUUUAACACAUGUGGUUCUCAUGUUAUUGUUGUAUCUCUCUUCUAUGGGCCAGUAAUUAGCAUGUAUGUACAACCUUCUGCUACUAACUCCCAGGACAAGAACAAACUCAUGUCCCUGUUCUACAGUUUGGUGACUCCUAUGCUUAACCCUUUUAUCUAUACUUUGAGAAACAAGGACAUGAAAGGGGCAAUGAGGAGGCUUCUUGUCUCAUUGUACCAUCAGGGAAGAGAAUAA